AUGUUUCAUUUGGAAAGUUUGAGGGUCUCUCGAUGUCUCUUGAUGUGCAGAGCACAGAGCCUCUGCCCUGGUCACAGUCCCCAUUGGACUAACCCAUUUUACCACCAAGAUCACCAUCUGACGCCAACCUCCACUGAGAUGGCACCCAAGAAGAAAAAUCCCAAGAAGAACAAAGUGGACAAGGGCGAGGGUCCCCCAGCCCACGUGGUGGUGGAGGACACGUUGCUGGAUAUCGAUCACCUCAACCACUUGAACGGUCUGUAUGAAAAUGUCUCCAAUGGCUUCCGCUGCACUGCCACAGAGGUCAAGAACCCCAGUCAUGGAGGCAGCCUCCUGGAGGAGAUGAGUCAAAUGCGCCAAGAGCGGUUCCUCUGUGACCUCACCAUUGCCACCAAAACCAAGUCCUUCGAUGUCCAUAAGCUCGUCAUGGCUUCAUGCAGCGAGUAUUUCCACAGCCUGCUGAAGAGAGAUCCCAACCUGCCACGAGUAGAACUCAACGAUGUCUCCCCUCUGGGCUUGACCGCCAUUAUCACUUACGCCUACACCGGUAAGCUGAAUCUCUCCCUAUACACCAUUGGCAGCACCAUCUCCACUGCCAGCCGCCUACAGAUACAUGCUCUGUUCAACAUAUGCAGUGACUUCCUCAUUCAGGAGCUAAACGUAGAGAACUGCAUGUAUAUCGCCAACAUCUCGGAGACGUACAACCUCAGUCAGACCAAGGACGCCACCCAAAAGUUCAUCCAGGAAAACUUCCUGGAGUUCUCUGAGACUGAGCAGUUCAUGAAACUCACCUUUGACCAGCUGAACGAGCUGCUGAUUGAUGAUGGUCUGCAGAUCCCAAAUGAGGUCAUCGCCUUCCAGAUUGCCAUGAGAUGGCUCGAGUUUGACCCUAAGCGAGUCACAUAUGCUGCCAACCUCCUGAGCAACAUUAGAUUUGGCACCAUAUCAGCUCCCGAUUUGGUCAACCAUGUGCAACCAGUACCACGGAUGAUGCAAGAUCCUGAGUGCCACAGGCUGCUGGUGGAGGCUAUGAAUUACCAUCUGCUCCCUUACCAGCAAAAUACUCUUCAGUCCAGAAGAACCAAAAUCCGUGGAGGCCAAAGGGUGCUAGUCACAGUUGGUGGCCGUCCAGCUUUGACCGAGAAAGCUCUUAGCAGAGAGAUCAGCUACAGGGACCUGGAUGGAAACUGGAACAAGAUGGCUGAGAUGCCAGCAAAAAGUUUCAACCAAUGCGUCAUUGUGAUGGAUGGGUUCCUCUAUGUGGCAGGAGGGGAAGAUCAAAACGAUGCUAGGAACCAGGCUAAGCAUGCAGUCAACAGUCUGUGCAGGUAUGAUGCUCGCUUCAACACCUGGCUGCACCUGGCCAGCAUGCUGCACAAGAGGACUCACUUCAGUCUGAGCGCCUACAACGGUCUCCUCUAUGCCAUCGGUGGGCGCAACGCAGAGCGGGUCCUGGCCUCCAUCGACUGUUACAUCCCUUCCACCGAUAGCUGGCAGAGCAAGGCCAGCAUGGAGAUCCCUCGCUGCUGCCAUGCCAGCACAGUCAUCGACGGCAAGAUCCUAGUCACCGGGGGCUACAUCAACAACUGUUACUCGCGCACCGUGUGCAGCUACGAGCCCAGCACAGACACCUGGAGAGACCGGGUUGGGCUCAGCACCCCCAGGGGCUGGCACUGCGCUGCCACCUGGGCUGAUCGUGCGUACGUCCUAGGAGGCAGCCAGCUGGGCCCUCGAGGUGAGCGGGUGGAUGUGAUCCCUGUGGAGUGCUACAAUCCCGACACAGGCCAGUGGAGCUAUGUGGCACCCGUGCCCACUGGGGUCAGCACGGCCGGGGUAACAAUCCUUGACGGGCGCAUCUGCCUCGUGGGAGGCUGGAAUGAGAGUGGGAAGAAAUACCAGAAGUGUGUGCAGAGCUACAACCCCGAUCUGAAUGAAUGGGCAGAGGAGGAGGAUCUCCCUGAGGCCACCGUGGGCGUGUCCUGCUGCACCAUCACCCUCCCGCACCCAAGAAGCAAGGGAUCCAGGACUAGCUCAGCGGCAUCGGCAGCGGUCAGCAUUUAAUGGAGGAGCUGGGGGCUAGCAUUUCCGCCUGCAGCUGGGGACACAGACAGAGCUCAAACCUUGCCUCAGAUUGCAGGGCAGCUGAGAUCGGAACGCACCAAGAGACCUGGGAACUAAGCAAUGGCUCGUUUCACAGCAGUCGGGGAGCCCGCGGAGCGGCACGAUCUAGCGGAUAGAGCAGUGUUCGGCGAUCUUUGACACACAGUCUAAUGGUUAGCACAGGGCCCUGGGAGCUAGAAAUGCCUGAAUUCUUAUUCCAGCUGUGAAACGAAAGCCCUCUAUGGCCUUAGGCAGGUCACUAGCCCCCUUACACCAUGGGGAAAAUGACACUGACCGCCACUGGGAAGAAGCACUUCAAAGCUAAGAAUCCGUGAGGACAUGCUCAGCUUUAGCAUUGUCUCUGCUCAUCCCUAUGCAUACCGCCAGGGUUGCUAGAUUCUUUCCAUUCUCAGCCUGGUUUUGUCUCCCAUCUAAUCAGGGAAGCCAGUGAGAUCUGACAAUGGGUCAGCGCAUCCAGAUCCUGCUGACGGUAUCAGGUAAUGAUCAGAAUAUGUGACUCAACCCAGGGCAGGCAAUGCCCCACCGCCCUUCACCAGCUUCAACUAGAGUUCAGGUUUCCUGGGAACACUGCAGCCAGUCUGAUGUUCAGAAGAGAAGUUUCCCAAAUCUGGUCAUUUUUUAACCAGAUUUAUUCCCAACAUUAUGGAUAAGGGAAGACACCUAAUUCUUUAGGUAGUGGCAUUUCGGAUCUGCCUGAGACCCCCAAACAAGGCACCUUUUAGCUCUAGACAAUGGUUUAAUUCCUUCAUGCUGCAAGAUGUAACAGGGAGACAAGGUGGUUCAGUGGUUACAGCUGGCAGUCAGGAAAUGUAACUGCUGUUGGGACUCACUGUGUGACUUUGGGCUAGUCACUUCACUCUCCUCCUCCUGUUUCCCCUUCUGUUCUAGGGGGAUCAUGGAAAGAACAACCCUCCCCCAUAAAGCACUUGGAGAUCUUCAGCUGGAAGGUGCCAUAGAAAUGCAAAUUGCCACCCCUCUCCUCCUAGCAAGCAGCCCUGCUGGACCAGUGCUGCAACUAAUGUCACCCCUUAACACAGCUGAAAGGUAAACAGGGUUUCUUCCCUUUCUUUCAACCUGUCAUUUUUAGGAGGUUUUUUUUGCUUUGUAAGGGUCAGAGUUAAGGUUAGAAUGCCACUGCACCAACUGUCAUUUCAGUUUGGAGUCCUUCCACGGUCUCCUCAAAUCCCCUUAUUCUAUCAAGGCAAGUUUUGAGCUCUAGGGAAGUGUUUGAUGGACUGUCUACAUUUCAGGCUGCGUGUCAAGGUGCCUAUGAAUGCCCGUAACUUUAACCACAGCUGCUAAGCAGGGCAUGAGGCACUGAAGCAACCAGGGAGGAAAGGAGGAUUUUGAUCACCAAUCUGGUUGCAGUAUAGACUGUACCAGAGCUGGGUAAAACAAACAAGAAAACAUACAAAUAAACUGGAGUCACUUACAGAGAUCCUAUUACAGGGAUACUGUGCCCACAUACCUAUUCAGGGGACACCAUCACAGGGCCUAAUAACAUCAGCCACACUAUCAAAGGCUCGUUCACCUGCACAUCCACCAACGUGAUAUAUGCCAUCAUGUGCCAGCAAUGCCCCUC